AUGGAUCUGGCGCAUCACGGAGAGUACGCCGCGGAUGAUCCCGGCGCCGCGCGCGUGCCCGCGUGCCCGAACUGCGGGAAACACGAAAUCAAACUCGAGCCCGCGCUCGGGAGCGAAAUUUGUCAAGCGUGCGGCGUCGUCUAUAACGCGAGCGUGCUGCAGACGACGCUGAAUUGGACGGAGGAUGGCGCGGCGGAUGGGACGUUCUUACAGGAUGGCGCGCACGUCGGCGCGCACUUGGCGGCGGCGCGAGCGCAGAUGGUGAGCAUGCCGGGGGCGUCGCACGUGACGAGAAACAUGUUUCGAGACCGCGAGUCGACGAACUUGUAUCACAUCGCGAAAUCGGUCGAACACACGGGGGCGCUGUUGAAGUUGAACAAGGAUAUCAUCGCCGAGGUGAAGGAUCUGGUGACGCGAGCGUCGGAUGGGAAAUGGGGACAGGGGUUGUGGACGAGCCAGUUGACGGGAGCGUGCGUGUACUCGGUGUGUAGACAGAAUAAUUUGCCGGUGAGCAUGCGAGAGGUGGCGGAGGCGUGCUCGGUGAACGUGUUCACGCUUGGGCGGGUGUUUCAUAAACUGCAAGAGCUGCACGGGUUGAAGAUGCCGCCGUUAGAUCCGGAGAAUUACGUCGCGCGCGCGGUGGCGGCGCUGCCAGAGCUCGCGGCGAUUUCAAACAAAAACUCCACCGUGCAGCCGCAGC